ACAAAACCCUUUGGUUUGGGUGGAAUCCAAAGGAAUCGACAGCAGGGUAAACAAGCAAAUAAACUAAACCCUUUGCUCCAUCCAUUCAUCCAUCUAGCAAGGCGAUGAUGACAUUGGUUGACGAGCUGGAGACAUUGGUUGACGAGCUGGAUGCAUUGGACUUGGGGUCGUCGGUGGUGCCGGUGAAGAAGGUCCCAUACGGCGACGUGUUCGAGGCGUCCCGCGCGGGCGACGUCGAGCGGCUCCGGUACCUUCUGGAGGCAGGCGUGAACGUGAACGCUCGUGACCAGUGGGACUCCGUUGCCCUCUACUACGCCUGCCUCGCCGGCCACCUCGACGCCGCCCGCACGCUCCUUGAGAACGGCGCCAUCUGCUCCGAAAACACCUUCGACGGCGACCGCUGCCACUACGCCGCCCUCAAUUUGAGUGUCCGCAGACUCCUCAAGGCCUUCGAGGCCCGCCCCCCUCCCUUGGACCCCUUGCAGGCCUCUUUGCGCGACACCUUCCUCGGCUGUAUUCCAUCCACUCAGGGGUCCAUUUGCAGCAGCAGCCACUUCCCUCCAGAUGUAGCUUUUAUUGUACAAGGAAAACCUAUUCGAGCUCACAGAGUCAUAUUAAGUUCGAGGUCACCAUUUUUCAAGAAAAAAUUUACAACUGAUUGGAAGGAGCGCAGUGAAGUUAGAUUCUCAAGGGAAAGGUUGUCAUAUCCUGCACUUUAUAGCCUUAUACACUUCUUUUAUUCAGACAGAUUAGAGGUUGCUGUUGAUGACAUGCAGGACCUUAUAAGAAUCUGCAAAGUAUGCAGAUGUGAAUCACUGCAUAAAGUUCUUGAGAAAGAACUGAUUCAUCAAAAGUAUGCAGAUUAUAAGGCACUGGGUGAUGUAGAUAACUCUCAGAAACGGUAUAUCUUGCAAGGUCUAUCCCUUCCCCAAGAAGAUAGGCUUCCUGCAGCCUUGCAUCGAAUCCUUCUGACCACCCUUUCAAAUUCAACCCGCCAAAGUGGUCAAGAAGAUGAAAUUGAUAAGUUGGUAACUAGGAUGGGUGCCAUGCAGAUGGCAAAAUCUCUGGAUGAUCUCGCUGAUGUUUGUGUAAGAGUUGAUAGAAAAAUUUUCCGCUGUCACCAAGUUAUUCUGGCAUCUAGGUCAGAAUAUUUCAAAGCAAGAUUAUCACAUAUGAAGGACUUCCAUGAAGACAUAGAUGAGUUAUCUGUUGACAUCCUUCCUUGCCUUGAAGAACAUGACUUGAGCAUGGAAGCUUUUGAGAAAAUGAUUGAGUAUAUGUACACUGAUCGUUUGCAGGAUAUAAAUCCAGAUCAGGCUGAGGAAAUGUUGGAUGUUGCUUCUAGAUACUUAUUGUUUCCUCUCAAGCGGGCGGUGGCUGAUGUCUUGUUGCCACACUUGGAAAUGGUGUCACCUGAAGAACUUUGCCAUUGGUUAAUACUAGCAGACAUGUAUGGUGUUUGCAAGAUUCGGGAAUAUUGUCUAGACACAAUUGCUUGUAAUUUCGAAACAUUUGCUGAUACUAAAGAAUUUCGGGCAAUGUUGUUGACUUUGCCUCCACCAUCUGGAGACUCGUCUCUUCGUACCACUGUCCCGAGGAUUCCUGGAUCUGCUCUUAAUGCCGAUCAAGGAAAUCUUCUUGAUGAUUUACGUGAGAAAUGGCUUGAAAUUGAAGCUGCUGAGCUUGACAAGAGAGAUGAGAGUGCUUUGCAAUUUGACAAGCGUCUAGAGAUGCUUAUGCUUGUUGCAGAGCAAGAAAAAUCAUCAGACAAUGCUGAUUUAGAUGGUAUUAAUGACACGCUUGCCAUUCUUCCCAAUCACCACUCUGAUUUAAGGUGAACAAAAAAAAAAAAAAACUUGCAGAUUUCUGAACGCUUUUUCUUUACCAUUAAAAAUAAAAUGUAUAGAUUUUGUAGGUCAUCAUGGUGGUGGUAAUCCGUAGAUAACUAAGUAGGUCGCUUGGAGUGCUUAAGUUGGGUUUUUGUAACUAAAGUUGCUCAAGCAUUCAUUAAUUCUUAAAGUUUGUUGUAUCAUUACUAGAAAAUCUCUAUAUUUUGAUAGCUUAUAUGAAUGUGUGCAUGUUGUUACUUGUUACAACUCGAUAACCACCUGGUUAAAAUAUCCAAAAAAUCUUAUGUGUCGCUACUA